AGAGGAGCCUGCGUUUCAUCACCAGCCGCUGGAGGAAGGACUGCUCGUCUGCCCACAGCUACCCCAUCCAGUAUUGUGAGGGGAAGGGCCUGGCUUUCCCAGCAUUGGGCAUUUCUGUUCCUGGGUCUCUGCAUCUGAUUCUCCUCAGCCUCUCGUUUGAAGAGGUCUGUGGUUGGACUGUUGUGAGUUGGGAAGGAGCUGCUCAUUUCCUUGGUGUCUUUUCCUUUCCUUCCUGAGUAUGUGAGAGAAACUGGGUUUUGGAGGCAAAGGAAACCGGCUCAGAUCCCAGCUGCACCGUUCACUGGCUUGGGCUGGUGAACUUGUGCACCAGGUUUAACGGCUCCAGGUCUCAGCUUUCCCUUCCCUGCAAGGGACAAUAAUGCCUUCCUCACACUGUGUCUGUGAAGCUCAGACGAAGGUAACGGGUACAGAAGUGACCUCUCAUCUAGAACAGUGUUUCUCAACCUUGGCAUUAGUAACAUUUUGGACUGGAUAAUUCUUUGCUAUGGUGGGCUGUCCCUGACAAUCGAAAAUGUCUCUGGACAUUGCCACAUGUCCCCCGGGGGGCACAUCGCCCCUGGCUGAGAACCAUGGACCUAGAAAUUGUGGCGCAGGUGAAGUAGAAGAUGAUGGUGAUGAGAGACAGAGCUGAAGGGCUCGUGCUUUUUGUCCAGCCUUUUAUUCAGUCCUGUGUCUCCCAUUAGUAAACCCCAUUUCCACGUUGUUGACAGUCAUCUUUUUCCAUGGACCAGAACCUACACGUUGAUUUUGCCAGUGUGGUUUGGGAGCAGCAAUAAAAACAUAUGUUUGAUGGUGACAGUGCCUACGUGGGGAUGAGUGAAGGAAACCCAGAACUCCUGUCAACCAGCCAGAGCUAUAACAGCCAGAACGAGAGCAACGAAGACUAUGAGAUCCCCCCGAUAACACCUCCCAACCUGCCUGAGCCAUCCCUCUUGCACCUGGGAGACCCCGAAGCCGGCUACCACUCGCUGUGCCACAGCCUCACGCCCAACGGUCUGCUCCCUGCUUACUCGUACCAGGCCAUGGACCUCCCAGCCAUCAUGGUGUCCAACAUGCUGGCCCAGGAUGGCCACCUGUUGUCAAGCCAACUGCCCACGAUCCAGGAGAUGGUCCACUCGGAGGUGGCUGCCUACGACGCCGGCCGGCCGGGGCCCCUGCUGGGCCGCCCGGGGAUGCUGGCCAGCCACAUGAGCGCCCUCAGCCAGUCCCAGCUCAUCUCUCAGAUGGGCAUCCGCAGCGGCGUCCCCCACAGCUCCCCGUCACCCCCGGGGAGCAAGUCGGCGACGCCCUCGCCUUCCAGCUCCACUCAGGAGGAGGAGUCGGAAGCGCAUUUCAAGAUUUCGGGAGAGAAGAGACCCUCAGCUGACCCAGGAAAAAAGGCCAAGAACCCAAAGAAGAAGAAGAAGAAGGAUCCCAACGAGCCCCAGAAGCCUGUAUCGGCCUACGCCCUGUUCUUCAGAGACACGCAGGCUGCCAUCAAGGGGCAGAACCCCAGCGCCACCUUUGGGGAUGUAUCCAAAAUCGUGGCCUCCAUGUGGGACAGCUUGGGAGAGGAGCAGAAGCAGGCCUACAAGAAGAAGACUGAAGCAGCUAAGAAGGAGUAUCUGAAGGCUCUGGCAGCCUACAGGGCCAGCCUCAUCUCCAAGAGCCCCCCGGAACAGGGUGAGACCAAGAGCACUCAGGUGAACCCGCCAGCCAAAAUGCUCCCACCCAAGCCGCCCAUGUACGCCAUGCCAGGCCUGGCUUCCUUCCUGACGCCAUCAGACCUCCAGGCCUUCCGCAGCGGGACCUCUCCCGCCAGCCUCGCCCGGACACUGGGCUCCAAGUCCCUGCUGCCAGGCCUCAGUGCUUCCUCGCCGCCGCCACCCUCUUUCCCACUCAGCCCCCCACUGCACCAGCAGCUGCCACUGCCCCCCCAUGCACAGAGCGCCCUCCUCAGUCCGCCUGUUAGCAUGUCCCCAGCCCCCCAACCCCCUGUCCUGCCCACCCCUAUGGCACUGCAGGUGCAGCUGGCUAUGAGCCCCUCGCCUCCAGGGCCACAGGACUUCCCUCACAUCUCUGAGUUCCCCAGUGGUUCAGGAUCCCAUUCACCUGGCCCAUCCAACCCCACGAGCAGUGGAGACUGGGACAGCAGUUACCCCAGCGGGGAGUGUGGCAUCAGCACUUGCAGCCUGCUCCCCAGGGAUAAGUCGCUCUACCUCACCUAAUCCCGCCUUCCCUCCCUCCCUGAGGCCCGCUGGAGGGGCACUGCUCAGAGCCGGAAGGGCCCACAGCAGAAACGAGGCCUUGGCAGGCAGCAGGGUGACCGGGACGAGAGAGCAGUGACACACCCGUGCCCCAUGCCGGGUCUCCUUGACCUCCCACUGGACUUGGCGGAGGCAGCCCGCCGCCCACUGCCAGCCCAAAGCACCUGCAGGCACCCCCUGCCCCCGACCUGCUUGCUCCAGGGUGACCGUGAUCCCCACUCCUCACCUGCACCCUGCACAGAGCACCCCGUGUCUGGACACCUGGCCCCAGCCCGGGCUUGUGUGGGCUGCCCCUGGCGGGGUCGCUUGUCAACAGAAACCCACCCCCAGACGCAGGGGCCGGGGACCAGCCUAGCCACAGCCAUGCAAAUACGGUUUUCCAGUGUGAACAAAAGAUUAUGAAACCUCUGAACUGUUGACUCCGUGUAAGUAGUUGACUAAGUGUUUUAGAACUGUGCUGAAGACAUCUGUAAGAUUAUUCUGUGGGGGGGAGGGGAGUAGCUUCCUUUAAGGUAAAAAAAGGCAUUUUAUAUGACCCUUAGCACAUUUUUUUAAGUUUUAUUUGAAGGGAGAUGUGCACAAAAGCGGCUGCCAAACCAUUCCCCAUCGUCUGUACAGCAAGAACUGGACACCUUACAGCCACACUUGGAGGCGUUGCUCUUUUGUUUUAAACCGUGUGUCCAUCUAUUUAAAAUUGCCAACCAUGACUUGUCUAUUUAUGAAGAAAAAUUGAGAACAACAUUGCAGUUUAUCAAGAAGUGUGUGUGGUUUUUUUUGUUUGGGUUUUUUACGUUUUGGUUUUGGUUUUUCAUGUUGUUUGCAGCUGUUUCCUGGCCCAGGCAAUGUCUCUCUUGGUGCCCAGUGCUUCUCUCAAAUUUCUUUAUAAUAAAACUUCUAAAAAGUUGAAAACAAGUCUCUGUCUUCCUGCUGUGGAAACCAGGGCCGG